CUUAAACUAGGAGUAGCGGGGGGGCCUUCUCCUGCUGCCGCCCACCGCAGCCGUGGGCGGGCUCGAACCCGCGGUCCCCUUCAGUCCGCGGCCGGCUGCGAGGGGGAACGGAGGCGGCCGCCGCGCUCCGCCCGCUGCCGCCGCGGAGGGGCCGCGGCUCCGGCCCAGGGGCUACAAGAGCUUCCAAAACCACACCUGACAAUGUGCAGUGUUAAAUGCUGGAGUCUCAGAGCCCUUUUUCUGUUGAUGAUGUGUAGGUCAAUGCAAAUUUCCAAAGCUGAAGGAAAAGGUGAUAUUCUACCUCCAACUAUACAAAAAAUAAUAAAAGGGUACAACAAGUAUCUACGUCCAUUUUUUGAUAAUGGUCCCGUGUCAGUUGGAAUGAGUCUGGAUAUUGCAAGCAUUGAUACGAUAUCAGAAAUAAAUAUGGACUACACAGCUACCAUAUUUCUAAGGCAGCGAUGGACUGAUGAGAGACUUUGUUUCGAUGGUAAUAAAAGUUUAAGCUUAGAUGGUCGGCUGGUGGAAAUGCUUUGGGUACCAGAUACCUUCAUAGUUGAUUCAAAAAAGUCUUUUCUUCAUGAUAUCACUGUUGAGAAUCGUCUUAUAAGAAUAUACCCUAAUGGAACAGUCUUGUAUGCUCUACGGAUCACCACAACUGUUGCAUGCAGCAUGGAUCUGACCAAGUAUCCGAUGGAUAAGCAGACGUGUACUUUGCAACUGGAAAGCUGGGGUUAUAACAUCAAUGAUGUCAUGUUUUACUGGACUAGAGGAAAUGAUUCAGUUCGAGGUUUGGACACACUCCAACUGGCACAAUACACAGUAGAAGACCACUUCACAUCUGUGUCUGAAGCAGUAUAUGAGACAGGACGUUACCCAAAACUAGUGUUUCACUUUGAACUGAAGAGAAACAUCUUGUAUUUCAUACUAGAGACAUAUGUGCCAUCAAUCCUGUUGGUUGUGCUCUCCUGGGUAUCAUUUUGGAUAAGCCAGUCAUCAGUUCCAGCCAGAAUCUGCAUAGGUGUUACCACAGUACUGACUAUGACAACACUGAUGAUGGGAGCCAGGACUUCACUCCCAAACGCUAAUUGCUUUAUUAAGGCAAUUGAUGUCUACCUUGGUAUCUGCUUCAGUUUCAUCUUUGGAGCACUGUUAGAGUAUGCAGUGGCUCAUUUCUGCACUUUGCAUCGACUCAGUUCAAAGGAAGUUCCAAAGGAUGAGGAUGAAGAGGCUGAAGAAGAGAGGAGUGGAGUCUUGGCAGCAGUCACUAACAGUUGCAGUACCCCUGACAAUAUAAACAAGAUCGAUUCAAACAGAAGCAGCAAAACCAACACUGACAGAAAAAGGGAGAGAAGUAAACACAGUGGGUACACUUCACUGAUGUCAGUAAUGAAAAGACUUUUCUGUAUCUUUGAUUGCUUCCAUGUUAAGAAUCCUUACCACAUAGACAACUACGCCAGAUUUUCUUUCCCGUUAUCAUUCAUCAUAAUUAAUGUGUUAUAUUGGGUAUAUUAUUUGUAUUUUUAAAUAUUUUAAUGUGUAAAAUCGGUUUAAAGUUUAGGAAGUGGAUAUGGGAGGGGAGGUUGCAGAAGAAAGAAGUUGCAUUUGGAUAAAGGGAUAUGAAAGGACAUGCCGUCUUUUCAAGCAUUUCGGUAAAGUUUCUUGUUAACUCACUUUUCCACUGUUAAAUGACUGUCACCCAAACCUGACUUUCCUAUUAGCAUGCAUGUCCCAUAUUAAACUAUUUAUCAAAGGGCAGUAAGUCCUUUAAAAAAAAUUGAAUUGUCAACUUUGUAAAGUGAGAAUUACAUUAUACUAUAUAUGUAUUCAACUUCAUUGAAUACAUUUGAAAAUAAAAAUAAUGAAGUGUUGUUUUCCUGCUAUGCUUCUCCUUCUAGCUUUGUCAAUAAUGCAUAAAUUUUCCAGAUCAUUUGAGAAAAUGUAUAAUUGCAGAUAAAAGUGGUUUGGCUUCAGUAAAAAACAGUUUUGAAGGCAGGGGCUAUCAACAGAAGCCAAACAAUAUAUAUAUCUUUUUAAGGUCACAAAUAUGUAUCAAGAAUCUCUCCUACAUCUUUAGACAGAACUCCGAUAGGUAUUGAUGACAUUUUUGAGUAAGUGCAGGACAGAAUAUAGAAAUGGACCAGAUCCAAAACAUUUAGAUCCAAAGAGAUGCUUUUCCCAAAUGAGGACAUACUUAGGUGUUGGCUGACCUUUGAAGGAAUAUGGCCAUUUAUCCCGACAUUUAUACCCUGUACUCUGCUCAGUCACAACUGCCCAGGUAACUAUUAUGCAGAGAAACUAUUUGAUAUGCUUCAUUUUCAUCUUAGCAAAUUCUUCCUGAGUAACUUGUCAUUAAAAAAUUCAUACAAAGGUGAAAAAGCUUGCUUCUUGACUUGAAGAGAAAACCCUGGCUAUGCAAUAACUCUUGAUGAAAAAGAGAAACUUCUACAUGGAGGAAAUCAUGACCCUUAUGAGAGGAUUGUUACAUUUGAUGGAAAACCGUAACAGCUUUUCUGAGUUGUUACUUCACUGAAAGAUAUUGUAGAAGUUACUGAUAAGGCAACCUGUUCCUUACACUGCAGUCUGGAAGUUUUGAAGCACUUAUAAUUAUACCUUUUUCCUGAUUGUAAUAUAUGUGUGGGUUGCAUAUAUGUGUAUAAAUGUGUAUAUGUGCUUUUAUAGGCUGUAUACCUCGGCAUUUAUGAUUAUCUAAUACACUGUACGCAUAAAAAUGCAUUAAAUAGCCCCCCUAAUAUUGACACUUUUUGAUACACCUGUCUACCAGUGUGCUGCUUGUGAAGAGCACUGUUAUAUGAGCAGAAAGAAAAUGCAAAUUGCCAGUGUGGGUUAGAUUUGCCCGGGCUCACAGCUAUAUCCAUGAAAAUCAUUGCAUGUUGGUAAACAAUUAUUAAUAGAAUCUUCUUAGUAUAUGUAUUAUAUAUUUGUUUAUAUACCCAUAU